AGCCUCGAGAGAUCGAUUCUCGCUUUCGAAAGCGCGAUCCGUGCGUUCGCCGAUUUCAGGUAAUCUCCACGCGAAUUUGGUCGGACCGGUGGCCGUUUCGGGCGGUGGUGGUAGACGAGCGCAAGCAGAACGCGCCACAGCGAACGCAGAAAAGAGAAUUAAAAUUCGAGGAUGAACUAUCGAGACAUCGCGUAAGUCGCACGCUUGCGCAUCCGAUAUCGCACGGCGGCGUGCCGUGGAAAUUUUAUCAAUACCGUGGCGGCCAUCUAGUCUUGCUGGCAGUCGUUCGCGAAAAGUUACGCGCCGAACGCCGAACGAUCGACCGGAGGUGCCGCCGAGCGAGCCGAUUGACAAAUCGACGAGGAUUGCCGGAACAGAAAGAGCCCGAGGCGAUCGACUACGAGCAGCAUGGCUACGGAGGGCGGUUUAGCACCGGAUGCAGCUGCAGGUGCAGGCGCCGGCACCGAUGGCAUCGUCGGUGGUCCCAGGACGCCCCAGCAGAUCGCCUCGCAGAAGCGGUUGCAGGCGACGCAAGCGCAAGUCGAUGAGGUCGUCGACAUCAUGAAGACGAACGUCGAGAAGGUCCUGGAGCGCGAUCAGAAGCUCUCCGAGCUCGAUGAUCGAGCAGAUGCACUCCAACAGGGAGCGUCACAAUUUGAACAGCAAGCAGGAAAAUUAAAGAGAAAGUUCUGGCUACAGAAUCUAAAGAUGAUGAUCAUCAUGGGUGUCAUUGCACUUAUCGUACUGGCCAUCAUUGUCGCGAACUUCAUGUAGGCGCGCUGAUUGGUGGAAGAGAUUUGUGUGUGAGUGAGUCUGAAGCGAGCGUCACCGGCGGCAGCAAUACGCAAAAUUGAGUGCAAGAAUAAGAGCUAAAGUAAAAUAACGCAACAGCAACUACAACAACAAUAAAAAAGAAGGUAAAAGGAGAGGCGAAAGAAAAGGGAGAAGAAGAGAAAGAAGAAAUGGCAGCUGAAGAGAAUGGUUCAUGAAGAUGUGGAGUUAUUUUUCAGAGGAAGGAUACAGAAAGGGUGAUCUUGCGAGAUAGAAAUUGUGAUGAGCCGUUGAUGAGUUCUGCCGGAGUUCUCCGCGACGUAACGUCGGAUCGAUCGCGUGCGGGAAUCGAUCGAUCGAUCGUCGGCCUUGAGAUUCAUCGAAGAAGCGAAGAACGAAUGAUCGGAAGCGGAGAACAUUGAUCCGAGCGGGAAUAAUGAAGAGAGUCGUCGCGACGACUACGGAACUUUCCUUAUUACCCUUUGUAGCAUUUUUUUCUUUCUUUUUAGAUCGAGCGGAGGAAGUCGAUAGAUCGGCUGAAUCGAUUCGAUCUCCAUAUCUUGCAGCAUGGACGAAGAUCGCGCACGAUAGUUUACAAUCGCGCGAGAUUCCACUAAUUUUUGCUUUGUCUCGUUUUAUUAUAUAUAGAUUAUUAGUUAUCGUCUCGUAAUUUUGUUGUUACCAGAAUCGUUUCGCAAUGAUGCAAGGAACGUUAGUUUCCUUCCUGAAUUUUCGCAAAAUAAAUUUCUACGUAGCUGCUAAAGCUAGAAAGAUUUUGCCAGACAAGCGACAUUGAAACAUUGAAAUUAAUAUCAUUAAAGUUUCACGACUAAGCGGCCAGUUGAUCAAGCGAGUGAUACCAAUACCGCGCUUUCCUUCGUCCAUCUUCGUUAAUCAAGAUUGUCCGAGAGAAGUUAGAAGAAAUGAGAAAUAGAGAAAUAGAUGGCUAUUGUAUACAAAGGGGCGAAAAAGGGAGUGGGAAGAUUCGCGAAAAAGAGAGGGAAGAUUCAUUGUAGCAGCGACAUAUAAUACUUAAAUAUAUAGGAAAUAUAUAUAUAUAUAUAUAU